AAUAAUAGUAAUAUUGGUAAUAGUGGGGGGAUAACGGGAAUUGGACCCAUGUCUUAUAAGUCUGUACACAAAGGCAGUGGCAAUCCAGAAGUUCUGCGAAAGCGAGUCCAUAACACUUCCACUAUUAAUACUACUAAUAGUAAUAAUAUUAAUACUAAUACUAAUAAUAUUAAUAAUAAUAGUAAUAGUGGUAUUAGUAGUGAGGGGCGAAAGGAAGUGAAUUUCGUGGGAUCCCGCUCUUCCUGUGCGGAGGACGCCGGUGCUGUGCCCAACCGCCCCCUCUCACCGCUGCAGCGGCGUCAACUUCUCUACAAACACAAAGCCGCCUUCACACUCACUCCGCAGGCCCUCCGCCGGGUGAAAUAUCUUCUCGCACAGGCCCGUGAAAAACAAAAAGAAGAAGAAAUAGCCCCGGAUGGGAUUCGCAUAGGAGUGCGUCGUCGGGGCUGUAGUGGAUACAGUUACACAGUGAAUUAUCACUAUCCAGAAGGGGAAACAGGAACGACAAUAAAGGAUAAUAAUAAUAAUAAUAAUAAUAAUAAUAAUAAUAAUAAUAAUAUAGAUAGGGCCAUUGGGAGAAAAAUGAAGGAUGUGAUAGUUGAGCAAGAUGGUGUGAAGGUGGUAGUAGACAGUGAUGCCCUCUUUUAUGUGAUUGGUACAGAGAUGGAUUACGUGGUGCGGAAUGUAGAGGAGAAGUUUACAUUCCGAAAUCCCAAUCAAAAGUACUCCUGCGGCUGUGAAGAAAGUUUUAUGCCGUUUGAUAUUGAUGAACAGGAGUAA